UUAUAAGCAACAGCUUGCACUUGAUACUCUGUUAGUGCCAGGAAUGCGAGCAGUUAAUGAGUGCACUAUCCGCUUACGCUGAGAAAGAGCUACAGGUUGAAAAGAGCCCUUGAUUCAAGUUAAAGGUGCUCAAGCCUCGAACCAAAACAAGCCUGUUUGCUUUGCGGCACGAAAACCGAGAGCACAAUGCCUGUCAAAUGGAGUGUGACAUUCCAGCGAUUUCUGUGGGAAAGCGGUAAUUGCUUUUUUUUUCUGCGUUUGGCCGUGAGUUGCAUGGCCCGUGAAUCCUGCCCAACCCACUAAUGAGUGAACGAGCUUCUGCUCACUGUGCUCUGGCCGAGCUGCGCGGGUAGAAUCAGGGCUCGGGCUUUCUUCGCCGAAUCUGUCAUUUUUUGCAGAAUGAGGUUUUCAGCAUCAUUUUUAGGCUUCCUAAUCGGUCUUCUGCGCCUAGGAGGGACUCUGUUGACGGAAGGUGGGGGGGAGGAACUGGAGGAUAGAGACCUGAGCAAAGCUAUUUUGGAGAUGCUGCAUAUAAACAAGCUAUCGGCGCCUCAGCAGGCGAAGCCACACCCCUACAUGAAGAACGUUUAUCAGUCUCUGGACGCACAGGCAAGAGACCUGAGCGGUGCUGAUGGGACUCUCGUGCAGAGCUUCCGGAGCAUGGAAGACUCAAAGUAUGGCACCCCGGGUUGGAUCUGGUUCAACGUGUCCCAGCUGAGUCCCUUCAUGAGGGUGGCAGAGCUGGUCCUGCUGAGGAAGACUCUUCAUCACAAGCCGUUAAGUGUGACGGUCACAGUGCACAGUCUUUCACCCGGACCAGAUAACCUGAGCAUUAGCGGUCCUCUUGCAGAGCACUUGUUGAGUCUGGACCGCCUGCCUCCGUCAGGAUAUGACGUUUUUGACGUGACAGCUGCAAUAACCCAGCCACCGCGGCGCUCGGACAUCUUGGGCUUCCAGCUGCGCUUCGGGGACGAGAGCGGCAGCUUGGUUCUCCACGAAGCCCUGACGCAGAGCCUCUACUGCUUGAACGGCAGCUCUCUCGGCCAGCCGCUGUUGGUGGUCUACAGGAGCCCGUCGAUGGAGCACCGGCAGAGGGCGUUGGGAGCGGGCUCCGAGCGCGGGCCGAGCUGCGCGGACGGCUCCGAAUACGACGGAUGGAGAAUACAGCUGAGGCACGGCAGACACGCGGCUGCAUGCAAGCUGUACGUACAUCACGUCGACCUGCGUACGAGCAAGCUGAGCCAGUGGAUACUACAGCCGUCCAGUUUCAACAUAAGCAUUUGUAGAGGUAACUGUCUGAAAGAAAUAUCUGCGUUGUACGUGUCCGCUCAGAAACAUCGAAAACACCACGGAGGCAGUGACUUUCAAAGAUUAAACUGCACUCCUCUGGGCCUUUCAUCUCUCAUCGUGAUGUACAGCAGCGACACGGCGGACAUUGUUAUAAAAGAGCUAAAGGAUGUCACAGCAGAGAGUUGCGUGUGCCAGCCGGCUUCUCGAUGAAAGGGACUGCAUGAAUCUAACAGUCUGUGAAGUAUUUGGGGAAAUGACGAUUGCGGGAAAAAGUAUGUGAACCCCCGAAUUGCUCAUGAUACUCGAUUUAAACAUAGUUAACGGGCCAAAAAAAAAAUAGCGAGAUGUUGAAAAGUUUGUUUCUUCGUCAGAUUUGGAGUCAUUCGUUAUCAUUACAUCACUUGCUCACCAAAGGUGAAUGGAUGUGAAUGGGUGCCGUCAGAAUGAGAAUCCAAACAGCUGGCAAAAACAUCACAGUAAUCCACACCAUUCACAGAAGGGCUCGUAAUCCGAUCAUUUAAUGUCAAUGAUGUUUAUUUGUUAUCAGUUAAUAGCUCAUAAUGUCUCAUAAUGAGCGUCCUCGUCUCUGUAGACAUGCUUGUUUGCUUUCCGUGAGAUGUUAUUUUUACUGCUAGACCGAAUCCUGUUCAAUACUACCCUUUUGUUUCACUCUUUGUUGCGUAUUGUUUGCACUUUCCCAGCAAAAAGUAUGUGAACCCUGAAUCGCUUAUGAUAUUCGCUUUAAAGAAAGGAAUAGUUAACAGAAAAAAAGAUAGCUGAGGUCAUACAAGAUGUUGAAAAGGUCAUAUAUAUAUCAUCUGCAGUGAAUGGGUGCCGUCGGAAUGAGAUAAAAACAUCACAGUAAUCCAAAAGCAAUCCACAGCAUUCUUUUUAAUGUGAUUACGAUGUGUCUUCAUUUUUAUUGUGAUGCUG